UCCAGCGUAUCUCUCACACACGCUCACACACGCUCACACACGCGGAGAGGGUCAGACCUUCAGGGAAAUAAGAGAAGAUAUUUGAAGCUCCCCUGAGCUGGACGACUUCAUGUGACAGGGGAAGCAUGUGGAGGAAAAUCUGACAGAGAGGCAGAAAGCCGAGAGGGGGAAAGGAAAAUAAGGAGCAGUUGGAAAGUGUGUGUUUUACGAAGAGCGAGAGCGAGCAAGAGAGAGAGAGAGAGAGUUUACAGGAGCUGGGCAGAGAGGAGGAGGAUUUUCUGUACUUUAACUCACACAUCCAUUGGACCUGAACCAGCCGCUGCGAAAUGCUCUCACGUGGCCUUCUGACAUUAACGUAACCAGAGAGGAGAAGGAGGGAUACGUAAGUGGAGGAGAGGGGUCAACUCACCAGGAAUUCUCAGAACAUAAGGAAGAAAAACGAUGAGAAUUGGCUGAUCAUCAUGUGGAAUCAUAGCAUUUGCUUCAUGCAGCAGAAAAAGUUCAGUAACGGCGCACCCAGACAAAGCCUGACUAAGGCCUACUGGACUUGACAGCAUCAAAAAGAGAAGCAAGCUUGUAGGUCAGAAGCAGGAGGAGCGAGAGAGGAUAUGUGUGAUUCGAGACAGACGAUGAUAGAUAAAGCAAAAGAUGAGAAGGAAGACAACUAGAUUGAGGAAAGGAGCACUAGAGAAAGAAGGUGAGAAGUGAGAGGUCAAGUUUGAGAGUGAAAGGAAGCAAAGAUUAAAUAAGCUACUCUACUAUCAGAAAACAUAGCUCUCGGAGAGUAGAAGUCUGAACAGGCAGUCACUGUUAAGACAGAAAUAAGCAGGAAUCGCGGCGAUCAUGCAUUUUCGUCGCAUCCACAAGUUCAAGUGCGUACAGCUGAUGACCACAGGCCUGGUACUGUGUAUGGUGAUGGUCUCCUGGGAGGACCUGGACCACCAUGUAGUCAGCCACAUGAGAUCCUAUACGUACCGCUAUCUGGUCAACAGCUAUGACUUUCUCAAUUUAUCAUUCAACAUCGCUUCCAAACAUCACCAUGGUCAGGAUGGUUCUGACAGUGUGGAUUGGAGAUUAGGCAGGUAUCCAUACCUCCUUAACCACCCAGGUAAAUGUAAAGGUGAUGGAAAUGGCUGGGAGGAUGUCCUCUUGCUUCUGUUCGUGAAAACAUCACCAGAGAACUUUGAGCAGCGUCAGGGAAUCAGGGAGACAUGGGGAAACGAGAGCUUCCUUUUGUCAGAACUGAGGGCAAACGUGAAGGUGGUGUUUGCCCUCGGCAUGCACCCAGAUAUCAAGCAGAGAUCAAGAGUUCAGAUUGCACUGCAGCAGGAAGACCGAGCCUAUAGAGACCUGAUUCAACAGAACUUUGCGGACACUUUCCACAACCUGACUGCCAAACUGAUCCUGCAGUUCCACUGGUGCCAUGAGUACUGUCCUCAAGCACGGUUUUUAAUGUCUGCGGACGAUGAUAUCUUUAUUCACAUGCCCAAUUUGGUUAAGUACUUGAGGCAGCUCAUGAGUAGCCAGUCAGGGGCUAGACAUCUAUGGGUUGGGCAUGUACAUAGAGGAUCCCCUCCAAACCGCCGUAAAGACAGCAAGUAUUUUGUUCCCUAUGAUCUGUACCCCUGGCCGUCUUAUCCAGACUACACGGCUGGAGCAGGAUAUGUAGUUUCAGGGGAUGUGGCCGCUAAGAUCUACCAUGCAACUCUGAUGUUGAAAUCCUCCAUCUACAUCGAUGAUGUUUUCAUGGGAAUUUGUGCAAAUGUCAUGGGGGUUUCUCCCAAGGAGCAUGUGCACAUUUCAGGGGAGGGCAAGGCUCCAUACCACCCCUGCAUCUAUGAUAACAUGAUCACAUCACACGGUCACGCUACAGACGUGCGCUCACUGUGGCAGGCAACAAUAGAUGCUACAGUGUACAGAAGAGGAUUUAAGGGUAAUCUGUACUGCACAGCAGUGACAGCGAUGCUGCUGUGUCUGCCAUAUUAUCAGACCACAUACCCCUGUAUGGCUGCUUUUACAUAAGAGGUCUUUAGAUGAUGCUCAGAGCGCUGUAUGCUAAAUGUGCUAAGCAAACAAAUUACGUUUUAUUUGACUGUUUGCUGGUUGUACUAUGUGUGUGCUUUUUGGAACAAGGAUCAAAGAUGUUCUGUUAACCAAACAUUAAGCUAGUAGUUAUUCAAUCAUUAGCAGAAUUAGGUUUCACAUUUUUUAAGUUCAGGACAAAAGAGGUAAAAAGCACCCAAAGGCUUCUGUUUACAUGAGGAUCUUUUGUCUCGGUGACAACACAUCUGCCGGGCUUCUCAUUGUUAUUCACCUGCCAACUCCUGAAGAGGUUUAGUUCUGUCUGGAAAGUCUGACAUCAUUUCUGAACUAGCUGUGAAAUACUAUUAAUUAUUAUGCAACUGAGGCAAUUAAAUCAUUAAAAGACUAUUAAUGUCGGAAUUUUCUGGUUUUCUCUGUUCCAUCGUUAAUAGCUUUGGAUUUAGACUCUUGGUCAGACAAAAGACUUACUCAUAGGCUAAGAAGAUGUAACAAUAAGACAGAAUAAUUUGCAGAUAAAUAACAAAAUGAGGUGCUUGUUAAUGUGUCAUUUGUAAUCAUUGCUUAUUUCCGGCAUUCAACUAGAUAAUCCUGUCCAUUCUUGCACCAUUGACUUUUGAAUCUGUUUUUAAUACUGCUGUGAAUGACUCAAUCUCAUCAGGCUGAUAAAAUGCAUCAGGAUUUUCCUAUUGAGACACCAGUCAGAAGAAAAAUGCCACUUCCAGCCAGAUACUCAGCAGCUUUUAAAAAGCGUUGGAUUCAUAAUUUUACCUACUAAGUUAUUUACAAAGAUUUUACAAAAUCCGAGGGUUCCAGGGCAGUUGAUUUACCUGUUUGCCCUUACAGCAUACCUCUUUGUAAGAGAACUUGUUAUUGGUAAAAUAUUAGAUCAUUGGUUCUCAAACUAGGCAAUGCAAGAUCAACUGGGAUGGAAGCCAGUAGACGAUCAUGAUCGGAAAGUCAUAAGUAAAACACAAAAUCAUGUAUCGUUCACAGAAUUUUUCUACAUGAAAUUAUAGUUUUACUUCUUAUUUUCACUAAAAUAUUGGAAAAGAGACAAGAAGCAGAUGGUCAAACGAAGUCACUGCUUAAUCCCCUGUUUGGGAGUAUAUUAUAUUAAAGGAUCUUCAUUUUGAGAAGGAAAAAAAGUAUAUAACUCAAACAGGUCAACUAUGAUAAGCAGACAUCUAAUUUGAACCUGGAUGAUGUAAUCAACCUUUAAAUUGAUAAUGCAAAAAUUUUACAAAGUUCUAAAAAAAAAAUAUUCAUACUUCCAGCAGUUACAGAGAACUGUAAUUAGUCAUCUGAAGUGUUUCUGGCAACAGCAAAAAAAUGUAGUUGCUAUAUUCUCAGGUUCAAGGUAGUCCUCAGUAAUGUCUGACUACUGAAAUUGUAGGUAGGUAGGGCUGUUUGGUGGAAAACAAUGGAAGCAGUCAGAGUGAAACUGAAAGCGUAAUGCAGAACACAGGGCAUCAUGUGAGAAGAUUUUCAUAUCCUUUUUCCAAAAUUAUAUUUUACUUGAUCAUUAGCAUAUUUAACAGCGAUAAAAAUGUCACAUGAUAAUAGGUCUACCUGUGGGAUAAUCCUUGAACAUGUCAACUGACAGUAGAUGCAAAACAAAGGUCUUAUUAAAGCAAAGAAGUCUAUGACUAAUAUGUGAGGCAGUGAAGAGGAUGUCAGUCAGUGAUGAUUCACUGUCAAAUGUUCAAACACAUACCACACACUGAUCUGCGUAAAGUCCUGAGGCAGUGACAACAAACACGCAACCAACACUGAAAUGUAUAAGCUUCUAUAUGGCAGUAAAAAGUGUUUACUUUGCAUUUCUGGUAUCGCAUUUACAAUAAAUCAAUCAAUAAUUCUGAAAUCAAAUGUGCUUGUUUCUCCUAUCGUGCAGAAGGGCAGUCUAUAUUCAUAUGUUGCAGGAAAAGUAUGUGUGCGUGAGGAAAAUGGGGGAUUACCAGCCCCUGAUACUUAAGCCUUUUCAUUGUCAGCUUGUUUUUAGAUUGUCCUUGUUAUCAGAGUGAUAUGAAUUAAUGUCUGUUUUGUUUUGUUAUUUUUGUAUGUUCAUACACGAUACAAUCUCUGUGGUUAAUCUGUUUACUGUUUAACUAAACUAAAACAUAACAUUACAUACUAUGCUCUUAAAGGAGAAUUUAUCUUUCAGAGUUCUUUUUUUUUAAUUUCUCUCAGCCAUCAGUCCACUUCCCCUUUCUUGGUCUCACUCUGUUCAUUCUUUUCCUGUGACCAUCCAUUUUCUCUCACCGCUUCUGCAUCCUGUUAAACAGCGGUAUCUCUGAAGAAGAUUGCUGAUACAUGGUGAAUCACCUUGGCCAUGCAUGGUCAUUAUCUUCGCCAUGACCUUAUAAGGAUUUUUUUCGUUUUUUUGCCUCUGGGGGAGGAUCAUAUAUUCACAGUAUUAUGCAAAUUAAUAGGUUGAUUUUUAUUCUAUAGUUAAGAAACACCUACAAACCUUGUUCAACUAAUUCUAAAUACAAUUUCAGAUGCAGCCUCAUCUGACACAUUGGUUAGAGAUGUUGCUCCUGUAAGCAGGGACACUGAUGAAAAUAAUUAGACAUAAGCAUUCCUGCUGUUAGAUGUUCUCACCUGCGUCUGUUAGACAAACUUUCCUCUGUCUCGUUCGUUAACACGACGUGGGUGGAACCUCCUUGGCUUUCCUCAUGCAUCACCUCAAUCUGUGACAAACAAACACAGACACAAUCAUGCAGCAUAAAUUUAGGUUUGUUUUGCAUUCGUCUAAAGUGCAGAUGUGGAACUACAAUGUAAAGAGAAAAAGCUGUUUAUGUUGUAUGUUUGGUUUUUGUGAAUGGUGCAUUCAAACAAAAUCUUCCUUAGUGGGGGUAUGCAUUACGGUGGUCAGCAGUCUGUGGUAAAUGUGUAAGUGCAACAGCUACAAACCCACAGCACACUCAAGAUUACCAGCAGAUUUUUGUUCUUGUCAGCUGCCUGGAUACAAAGUAUUUAGUUUCCUUAUGAGACAGCAAUCUAAUGAUACGUCUGUUUCAUUGUUUGGUGAUGUAAUGCAGCAAGGCUUGAACUGUGUUUUGAGCAGGAUGUAGCAAACUCUAUUCACAGUGCAAUCCUAAUGGAAACUGCUGACAAAUGCAAAUACAGACAGUAGAGGCACAUUGUUAGGGCAGCAGUUGGCAUACUUGAACUACUGUUCGUGUUAAUGGGUUUGCAAAUUAUGUACAGUAUGUAAAGGCUGAUCAACAUCUCUCCUCUGCUCUUUUGAUGGGAUGCAUUUUUGUAAAUAAAGACCAACAAACAUCAGUUCUUAUCUGUCCAACAUUAAGUAGUAGAACAUGAGGUUAAUUGUGUGCUGUGUGAAAAGAUUUAAAUAAAUAAUGAAGAUAUAUCUGCAGUGUGCCAACUGUUGGUAAAAAGUACAGUUCAGUCAGACAACUCUGCGUUUAAAACAGACUCAGCAGUAACUGAGAGAUGUUUAAGAAAUUGUAGAAUUAUUGUCAGUGAUGUCAUACACAGCCUGUCUAAAUUCCUCUGUGAGCAAGAACACAUAAAAACAGUUUCCCCCUUUACUACUAAAUGUCUUAUCAUGAUAGAAUAUCUGUAAUGUCAACAUUAACAGAUAUAAAAAAGAAGGGAAAAACCACGUCUACUGAUUGUAUUGUAAAAGUUGUCUAUUAAAGUUUUCUUUAAUUUUCAUUUAUCUAUGAAUGUCAAUGGAUCUAUAAAUACAUAUAUUAUUCCUUUUGUCACAACCUCUGAUUUCUUCAGAAUAAACUCCCAACCCAGUAUUUACACUGACAGAACCGCAUAUGAAACAUUAACUUUUUAUCAACUAAGGUUUAAGUAGUCGAGUGAGUGUAUUUAGUCCUGAUAAAUCUGUGCAAGAAAAAUAUUGUGACAGAUUCAGCUUUGUGUGUUUGUGUGCUUGGCUUCAAAAUAAAACCAAGACAACAAGUUUAA